AUGUGAAACAUUCAGUUUCUGUCACGUCACCGAGCUGUGAGGCGGCUCCACCUGCAGACACACCUGAUUCGUCACCUGCUGCUACAAGACCAGCCCUCCAUCCAUAAACACACUCGGCACACACUCGACACACACUCGACACACACUUGACACACACUCAGCACAAUGGCAGGAUUUGGAAGUCUUUUGAAAGGCUUUGGGGAAGGCGGGGAUCUUGCUGGGACUGUGGGGAAAAUCACGGGACAUUUGGUGGAGACUGCAGUGAGCAAGGCUUUGGGUGGUGGAGAUAAGAAAGACGAUGGAGGUGAUGGCAAGAAAGAAUUCAGUGUGGGAGGGAAAGAUGAUGACGAAGGAGGAUUCAGUGCCGGAGAUGUCUUCUCAAUCUUCGGUGGUGGAAAAAAAGAUGAUGACAAAGGAGGAUUCAGUGCCGGAGACGCCCUCUCAAUCUUCGGUGGUGGAAAAAAAGAUGAUGACAAAGGAGGAUUUGGCUUAUCCAAUGCACUCGGUGGUGGUGGUGAAAACAGAGAUCCUGACACCGGAGCAAAAAGUGAUGAUGGGAACAACAAGGGAGGCGAAGGAUCAGGUGAGUCCUUCAAACUGAUUUAACCUGAAACCUGGAUCGACAUCAGUUUCUUGUGUUCGGACAACCUGUCACAAGCAUUUAACCCGGAAUCAACCAGUCACUGCGACGUCUAGUUUCUAGCUUACAAUGCAGCCAGAGGGCACUCUUUAUAAAAGUUGCAAAUUUGGAAAAAUCAUGAUGAAACACUGCGUACACCAACAGUA